UCAACACCCACUCCCCCAUUUUUUAAAGUCGCUCUCUAUUCAAUAUUAUUGGUCUUUUGUAAGUUGGGCAAAAUAGUUGUUAAAAACAGGUUGGAAAUGGCAGGAAACAGCAGGCGAGAAAUAUUAAUAAAGGAUCGGGGGUUACGAGAGAGAAAGAGAGAGAGAGAGAGAGAGAGAGAGAGAGAGAGAGGUGCUCAGGGAGGAGGGGGGAGACCUGUUACUGCUGUGCCAACUGCGCGCUUUCACUGCGCAAAAGCGCACAGAAAUGUUAUCUACUUGAAUCAAGAUAGAAUUCUCUUGAUUCUUUUUCUUAUCAAAGCUUUUUUUUCCGAGACAAAAUGUAUACAUUUUACUCUCUUAGAAUGUCUUUAGUAUUUACGAAGUUGAUCAGAAUCCUCUUUUGACAAAAGAGGUCUCUUCGUCUCCAUGCGCCUUUCCUUACAACUCACCGUUCCUAACAUUUAACGCCAUUUAAAUGUUUUGAGAGGAUGUGGACGCUACCGAGGACCCGGUUCGCGCACUGUAACGGCUCGUCGAGCAGCGACGAGAAAGAAAUCGCCGUGAACAUAGGCGGCGUGCGGCUGGUGCUGUGCGGAGACAUUCUGAACCGUUAUCCGGACAGCAGGCUCGCCGAACUAGUGAACUGCUCAACUCGGAGUUUUGAUGUCAUUUCCUCGCUCUGCGAUGAUUACGACCCUGGAAAACGAGAAUUCUACUUCGACAGAGAUCCCGACUCGUUUAAAUGCAUCGUGGAAGUGUACUACUUUGGAGAGAUCCAUAUGAAGCGGGGGAUCUGCCCUAUUUGUUUUAUCAAAGAGAUGGAGUUUUGGAAGAUCGACUUGAGCUACUUGGACGAAUGCUGCAAGAGUGACUUGAAUGAGAAGGAGGAAGAGUUGGCAGAGAUUGCUGACAAGGUGAAACUGAUCCUGGAUGAUCUGGACUGUGACCCUAACGUGAGCCGCACUGAAAGGUGGCAGAAGUUCCUCUGGAAGCUCAUGGAGAAACCAGAGUCCUCGCUCCCCGCACGCGUAAUUGCAGUCAUGUCCUUCCUGUUCAUCCUAGUGUCAUCUCUGGUGAUGUGUCUCGGGACCAUACCGGACCUCCAGGUGGAGGAUUCCGAGGGGAACCGCGUUGAGCACCCGACCCUGGAUGCUAUCGAGACGGCGUGCAUCGGCUGGUUCACGGUAGAAUACGUGCUGCGCCUCUCAUCAUCCCCAAACAAGGUGCGCUUCGCGCUCUCUUUCAUGAACAUGAUAGACUUCUUGGCCAUCCUGCCGUUCUACGUGGUGCUGGUUCUCACGUACCUCGGCACGGCCAUGAUGGAGCUGGUUAACGUGCAGCAGGCGGUGCAGGCGCUCCGCAUAAUGCGCAUUGCGCGCAUCUUCAAGCUAGCACGACAUUCUUCUGGCCUGCAGACGCUCACGUACGCGCUCAAGCGGAGCUUCAAGGAGCUGGGGUUGCUCCUCAUGUACAUGGGAGUGGGCAUCUUUGUGUUCUCCGCGCUCGGGUACACCAUGGAGCAGAGCCACCCGGAGACGCUGUUCAGAAGCAUCCCCCAGUCCUUCUGGUGGGCCAUCAUCACCAUGACCACCGUCGGCUAUGGGGACAUUUACCCAAAAACCACCCUAGGCCGGUGCAACGCGGCCAUCAGCUUCCUGUGCGGGGUGAUCGCCAUAGCGCUGCCCAUUCACCCCAUCAUCAACAAUUUCGUAAUCUAUUACAACAAGCAGAAGGUGCUAGAAACCGCCGCCAAGCACGAGCUGGAACUCAUGGAGCUGCGCGCGCACGAGCUCGAGGUGAGAAGCUCCUCGCGCCGGUCUGACGCGCCCGGGAACGCGUGGGAAGGUGCCAUGCGCGCGUCGCGUAGCGAUACAUACAUCCCGCUCCUUUCGGGAGCGCACAGAACUGAGCCCGCGAAGAAGAAGAAAAGCCUGACAUAGGCCACAAGUGAAAUAAACUUUCAAAGCAAUUUACGUUUCACGAGAGCUUGUGUGAUUUUGGUCAUUGUGCGCUAUGAACUGCUGUGCUGCAGUGUGACCGUCAAGCUGCUUGUGAUGUUUUCACUGGACAUCAAAAGUCAGUUCCUCUUCAAAAGUGUUAUUUUGUAUUUAUUAAAUAAAGUGCAUGUCAAACUUCGCGCGUAUGUGUUUUAGAUAACCAAAAUAUCUACAUGUACAAAUACACAUGUACAAUGAGCUACAGGUGUGAAAUCAGUAUCAUCCACGACCACCAUCCUCCCGAGGUGACUGUAGAAGUUGUAAGUGUAAAAAUAAGAAGGAAUUACAUGACAGAAACCAAAUUUGAGGUAAGAAAGUAUAAUUUAAAUUUUUUACAUGUUAAUGGAUGGUAUAUGAUUACAUUGAUAUUGUGAAUUGCAGUUGUCAAAACUGCGAUGAGGUAUAGCAUAACAAUUUAUUAGCAAAAUUAAAUUUC